GGCUCGUAGGAUACGCACGGCUCUGGCGGUUCAGAAAAUGCGGAAACUGAGUGUACACUGAGUGCUGUAAGUGAGUGCUGUGCUGGGCUUUGAGUGCGAGCGGUUCGAGUACGAGUGCGAGUGCGGGUACGAGUUCAAGUGGCAUUCGCCUCGCAUGUGUGGUGAAUUCGCAUAGUCGAAGAGCGCGCCAAAGAGAGCACAGAAUCCGAGAAUCCGAGAAACGCAACGAAGAGCUUGACUCGCUGUCUGGUGGAAAAGGCAUCGCAGUCAAUGCGAAUCUUUGCACGCGUGCAGUUGCCUGGACAGGAUUGUUGAGUGAGGUUGUGAGUGCGCGCUUGUGCUCGGAGUGUGCCGGCUAUUAAAGUAAAUCGCCAGCAUCAUAAAAUCAACAAAUCAUCAGCAUUUAGUUCUAGCUAUCACUACACAACAUUGGUGCCAAACGACAGGGAAAAAGUGUCUAAAAUGUAAAUCCGUGCGACAGUGCAACUCAAUUCGAAUCAAAAUUGCGUGAGCCGAAAAUCAAUCUUUGCCAAUUCAACAAUACGAAAAUCAAAGCAAACCAAACCAAACCAAACCAAAACAAAACAAAAACAAAGGAAAACAAAAAGAAACGAUAAGUGAAACUAAAAUCAAAACAGGAAACCGAAGAGGAAAGCAUGUGGAUUAGUAGCCGCCUUUUUGUGAUUUGUUUGCUGCUCAGGUUUGAUGCCACGAUUAGCGAGCCCUUUGAAACACAUUUGCGCGGCCCCGGCUUUGUCAUGGAGCCUCCGGGUCGGGUUGAGUUCUCCAAUUCGUCCGGCGGCUGGCUGGAUUGCUCCGCCUCGGGCAGUCCCCAGCCAACGAUCGAUUGGGUGCACGCGGAUGGCACGGCGGUUACGGAGAUUCAUGGCGUGCGUCGUGUGCUCCGCAACGGCACGCUCGUGCUAAUGCCCUUUGCUGCGGCUGCCUAUCAUCAGGAUAUACAUAAUACGAUAUAUCGCUGCAUCGCCAGCAACUCUGUGGGCCGCAUUGUGUCGCGCGACGUGCAAGUGCGGGCGGUCGUGGCCCAGGCCUACAAAGUGGAUGUGGAGGUAUUAUCCGCGUCGCGCGGCUGCACAGCCAUUUUGCGUUGUGUGGUGCCCACGUUUGUCAAGGAAUUGGUACGAGUGGUCUCGUGGGUUCAUGAACCCGCUAUCUACAUCUAUCCCUCGCUGCAAGGCGAUGGCAAAUUCCAUUUGCUGCCAACUGGUGAGCUGCUCAUUCACAAUCUGCAGGAGAGCGAUGAGUCGCAAUCCUUCCGCUGUCGCAGCAUGCAUCGGCUAACCCGUCAGGUUGUUGUCAGCUCGCCCACGCGAUUGCGCAUUAAUUCGCAUCGCGGCAUCAUCUCACCGAGCGUUGUGGAGCACACAUCUCAUGUGCAGGUUUCGCAGGACGAGGGCGCGGUGCUGCUGUGCGUGGCACAGGGUUGCCCUUCGCCUGAAUACAGCUGGUACACUCAAAACGGAGCUGGCCCGCUGCCUGUGCUGAGCGGGCCGCGGGUGCGACUGCUGGGGCCCAUUCUGGCCAUCGAGGCGGUCACUGGCGAGGACUCGGGCGUCUACAAGUGUACGGCCAGCAACGUGGGCGGCGAGGCCAGCGCCGAGUUGCGGCUGACGGUGGCCACGCCCAUACAAGUGGAGAUCUCGCCGAAUGUAUUGAGCGUGCAUAUGGGAGGCACGGCCGAGUUUCGCUGCCUGGUGACCAGCAACGGCAGCCCCGUGGGCAUGCAGAACAUCCUGUGGUACAAGGACGGGCGGCAGCUGCCCUCGUCCGGCCGCAUCGAGGACACGCUGGUGGUGCCGCGCGUCAGCCGUGAGAAUCGCGGCAUGUAUCAGUGUGUAGUGCGACGGCCCGAGGGCGAUACGUUUCAGGCCACUGCCGAGCUGCAGCUGGGCGAUGCGCCGCCCGUGCUACUCUACAGCUUCAUCGAGCAGACGCUGCAGCCGGGACCCGCUGUUAGUCUCAAAUGCUCCGCAGCCGGCAAUCCAUCCCCGCAAAUUUCAUGGACACUGGACGGAUUUCCUCUGCCAUCAAACGGAAGAUUUAUGAUCGGACAAUACAUCACCGUGCAUGGAGAUGUAAUUAGUCAUGUUAACAUAAGCCAUGUCAUGGUCGAGGAUGGCGGUGAAUACUCCUGCAUAGCCGAAAAUCGUGCGGGUCGAGUGGAGCAUGCAGCUCGCUUGAAUAUUUAUGGUCUGCCCUACAUACGCCUCAUCCCCAAGGUGACAGCUGUCUCGGGCGAGACAUUGAAUCUGAAAUGCCCCGUCGCCGGCUAUCCCAUCGAGGAGAUACACUGGGAGCGCGGCGGACGCGAGCUGCCCGACGAUAUACGGCAGCGCGUGCAGCCGGACGGCUCGCUGACCAUCAGCCCAGUGCAGAAGCACACCGACUCCGGGGUCUACACGUGCUGGGCCCGCAACAAACAGGGUCACAGCGCCCGGCGCAGCGGCGAGGUGACGGUCAUAGUGCCGCCGCGUCUCAGUCCGUUCCAAACGUCGAUACUGCAGCUGAACAUGGGCGAUCGCGCCUCGCUCACCUGCUCCGUGGUGAAGGGCGAUCUGCCAUUGACCAUCAACUGGCGCAAGGACGGCCGCCCCAUCGACCCCACGCAGCACAUGUCCGUCAAGCAGGUGGAUCAGUAUAAUAGCAUUCUGGUCAUUGACCACCUGGGCAGCGACCACACGGGCAACUACUCGUGCGUGGUGCGCAACUCGGCGGCGGAGGUGGAGAACUCGCAGGCGCUCCUGGUGAACGUGCCGCCCCGUUGGAUUGUCGAGCCAGCCGACGCGAAUGUGGAGCGCAAUCGUCACAUAAUGCUGCACUGCCAGGCGCAGGGCGUGCCCACGCCCAGUAUCGUGUGGAAGAAGGCAACAGGCAGCAAAUCGGGCGAGUAUGAAGAGGUGCGGGAGCGCCCAUUUACCAAGCUCUUGGGCAAUGGCUCGAUGCUGCUGCAGCAUGUGAAGGAGGAUCGCGAGGGAUUCUAUUUGUGCCAGGCGAACAAUGGCAUCGGCACGGGCAUUGGCAAGGUCAUACAGCUGAAAGUCAACUCCUCCCCAUACUUCUCCUCCACGUCGCGCUCGGUCACCGUUAAAAAGGGCGACACGGCUCUGCUGCAGUGCACCGUCAGCGGCGACAAGCCGAUAAAUAUUGUGUGGAUGCGCUCGGGCAAGAAUACGUUGAAUCCGUCAACCAAUUACAAAAUCUCGGUCAAGCAGGAGGCCACACCGGAUGGUGUUUCGGCGGAGCUGCAGAUACGCACAGUGGACGCCACGGACAGUGGGCCGUACUUCUGCCGCGCCAGCAAUCUCUAUGGCAACGACCAGCAGCUGGUGCAGCUGCAAGUGCAGGAGCCGCCGCAGCCGCCCAGUGUGCUGGAGGCGGCCAUGAUCAGCAGUCGCUCCGUGAACCUCAAAUGGCAGCCCAAGGCGCUCAGCACGGGCGACGUGUCCAAGUACAUAGUGGAGUACCGCGAGGCAGAUCCCGUUCUCUUCAUCGACCAGUGGCAGCAUUUGGAGGUCAAAGAUCCGCCCAGCUUCAAUGCAUUGAUUGAGAAUCUGAAACCGGCGACUCGGUAUGCUUUCCGGGUGAUAGCCGAGGGCAAUGCGGGACGCAGUGCGCCCAGUCAGGAGUUGAUUGUGCGCACAGAGCCCCAACGACCCGCUGGGCCACCCCUGAAUCUGUCUGCUCGCCCUCUCUCGUCCACGGAACUGCUGGUCAGCUGGGCGGCACCACUGCCAGAGCUGCGCCACGGCGAUAUCCAGGGCUACAAUGUGGGCUACAAGCUGAUCAGCUCGGGCAACUCGGCCUACAACUUUACGUCCGUUGCGGGCGACGGUGAGGGCGGCAAUGGAGAGCUCCUGCUCAGUGGACUGUCGAAAUUCGCGCGCUACAAUAUCGUGGUGCAGGCCUUCAAUCAAGUGGGUCCUGGCCCACUGUCAGAGCCGAUUGGGGCGCAGACUAUGGAGGAUGUGCCCAGUCGUCCGCCGGAGGAUGUUCGCUGCGCUGCCCUGACGUCUCAGUCGCUGCAAGUCUCGUGGCAGCCGCCGCCAAUUUACCACACGAACGGCCUGCUGCAGGGCUACAAGCUCAUCUUCGAGCCCAUCAUCGACGACGUUAUGCCCAACAAGGACGAGGUCGAGUCGCGCAAGACCACGGCCCUGACCACGGUGCUGACCGGGCUGCGCAAGUACACCAACUACAGCAUUCAGGUGCUGGCGCAUACGCGCAUGGGCGACGGCGUCCUGUCCAAGCCGCUCUUCUGCCACACUGAGGAGGACGUGCCCGAGGCGCCGGCUGACAUCAAAGUUGUGGUCAGCUCGCCGCAGUCGCUCUUCAUCUCCUGGCAGUCCCCGACCGAGCCCAACGGCGUCAUCACCAAGUUCAGCCUCUACACACGCGUGGUCAACGGCCGCGAGGAGCUGAACAACGAGAAGCGUAGCCUGCCCUCGCAGCAGGCCUACUACGAGGCCAAGAAUCUGCAUCCCCACAUGGAGUACCAGUUCUGGGUGACAGCCUCCACGCGCGUGGGCGAGGGCAAGAGCUCGCGCGUUGCCUCCCAGAUUACCACGAAUCGCGUGCCGGCCAGGAUCAUCUCCUUCGGUGGCUCCAUAGUGCGUCCCUGGCGCUCCACAGUGACGCUGCCCUGCACAGCUGUGGGCAAGCCCAAGCGGGAGUGGUUCAAGGGCGAUGUGGCGCUACGCCAGGGCGGCCUGCACAACUCGCAGCUGCUGGACACCGGCGACCUGAUCAUCUCCAGCCUGCAGCUGGCCGACAGCGGCAACUACAGCUGCCAGGUGGACAACGGCAUCGGCACGGACCGCCUGACGCACAUGUUGCUCGUCCAGGUGCCGCCCUCUGCUCCCGUGCUCUACGUGACCAGCGCCACCUCGAGCAGCAUUCUGAUGCACUGGAAGUGCGGCUUCACAGGCAACGCCCCCAUCACGGGCUACACCCUCUUCUACCGGCGCGCCACGGGCAACACCGAGGAGAUGCAGCUCUCCCGGCACGCCUCCAGCCACGAGCUGAAGGGCCUGGUCUGCGGCAGCACCUACCAGAUUCAUCUGAAUGCCCACAACAAGGUGGGCAGCUCUCCGGCGAGCGUCAUGCUGCACGUGCGCACCCAAGGCCAGGCGCCCGGCAUGCCGGCGACCACGAGCUUGCUGGCUCCUAACUCCACCUCGGUGCUGAUCCGGCUGCACUCCUGGCCCGACAACGGCUGCCCCUUGAUGUACUUUGUGCUGCAGUAUCGCCCGGUCACAGACGACCCCGACAAGGAGUGGAUUUUAGUUUCCAAUGCCCUGAAGCCCCAGCGUCGCGUCGUCAUCUCCAAUCUGCAGCCAUCCACGCUCUAUCAGCUGCGCAUGGAGGCGCACAAUGUGGCGGGCGUGUCCCAGGCCGAGUUCAGCUUCGUCACGCUCACCAAGGACGGCGACCCGCCCCCGCCGGAGAUUGUGCAGCGCGGCCAGCGGGGACCGAGCGUGUUCUACGGCAACGUGAACCUGCUCAUUCCGAGCAUUGCCGCCGUCUCCGGCAUGAUUUGCACCAUUGCCUUGGUUAUCAUAUGCUAUCGCCACAAACAAAGCAACCACAUACAAAAGGAGUCGCUGGAGAACCGCGCCAACUCUGAGGCGGCGCAGCGUGAGCGCUACUAUGCGACCAUCCACAAGGUUUCCAUGCAGAACAAUGACAAGAUUCCGGAAACCUCUGAGGACAUUUCGCCGUACGCCACCUUCCAAUUGUCGGAAGCGGGCAACAUGUCACAGCCGCAUCAUGCCGGUCCGGCCAACACGCUGCUGCACUCGUUCAUGUACCACGAGAGGGCUCUGGCCGAGGGCUGCUCGUCGCCACCACCAGCUGCGUCCAAGAAUCGACGGCGCCACUCACGCAAAACGGAGCCAGAGAGCGAGGAGUCCGAGUCCGACCAGGAUCAGCUUACGUCCAGCCGCACCGAGUCUUCCAAUCAGCACGAGGGCAAGAUCAAGCACAGCAUCAUCUACCAUGGAGCACAAUCAAGCACAUCCUCCGAUCUGUCACCAAUGUCCGAACAAAAAUCAUUACCACGACGCGGUCGCUCCAGAGCUGGCAUCCUGCGCACGCUGCACCCGCUCCAGCUGCAGGCCGAGUGCAGCGCCGGCGCCUUCCACCACGGCGAGCGCGACGGUGGCGAUCACAUUGAGCUGGCCGAGGUUGAGUGCGAUGUAGACACGAUUAAGAAGUUGAAGCUGGGCCAGCGAUCCUCGCUGUGGUCGCGCCCGAACUCCACCACGUCCCAAUUGCAGCCGGAUCAUCAGCAGCAACAGCAGCAGCAGCAGCAGCACCAACAGCAACAGCAGCAGCAGCAGCAACGUCAGCAACAGCAACCACCACACAAGCGAGCACAUUCAAAGUCUCCGCAGCCGCAGCAACAGCAGCCCCUGCAACAGCAACGCCCACAGCAGCAUUCACCCGCUCCAGGCCAGAAAUUGCUUAGCGAGAAAUCGGAUUAUUCGAUAUCUGUGUGAGACAUUGGUAAGAUCUGAUCCAAGCCUGAUCAGCAGCUAGGAUGAGGUCGGCCAAUGGACCACCAGAUGGCAAACAAUUGAAUGAAAGUGAAACUAAAUUUGGGCAUUCGUGAGUCGUGAGACUCCUUGAGUGGAUUUUAGGUAUGCAGCAACAACAGCAGCAGCUGCGCCGUACCUACACUUAUGUAAUGCCACCAACUCCCGUUACAUCCGCUCUACCCCAAGUCCACACCGCCCCGCAUUGACCCAGUAACCAACCAACCAGCUUGACAACCCAACCCCAACCAACACAAAGACAAAACACAAGAACUUUCGGACAAUCAAUCUCAAAAUUAUUUGCACAACCAUCGAGAGGCGGGGCAACUCGCCCAGCGCACCCACACGCACACUCUUCCCAUUUGUUACUCUCUCCAUUUCCCCGUAAUCACAUAGCGCUCAUAUAACCGUAUAAACUUACAAAUAUUACAAAGUAUUAAUAACAACAACUACAUAGGUAAUAAUAAUUACGAUUUGUGCAUGUUGUACUACGGCAUGCACCCACAACCCAGGUCAGUUAUCGAACUUCCAAAUGUUGUACAUAGACUCGUAUAUCUAUCUAUCUAUACGCGUAUAUCCGUUAUAGACCCGAUCCAAUCUAAUCGAAUCGAAUCGAAGCUAAUCUAAUCUAGUGUUAAGUACUAACGACUUGUGUAACUCGAACUACUAACGGCGUGUAACUCGAAUACUAAUGCAUAUACUAACGCGUAUUACUCGUACUACCCAUAAUCGAACUGUUUUUCUAUGAAUGUAUGUGUGUAGAGAGGUUGUACGAAUUUUGUAGUUUGAUCAAUGCAAAAACUGUUUCUUUAUUCUUUUUUUU